AUGUGCCUGCUGCUGGUGAGGCAGAAUGAGUCUGUUCCCCCUCUGUGCCUCCUCUGUGCCUCCUCUGUGCCCCCUCUGUGCCCCCUCUGUGCCUCCUCUGUGCCCCCUCUGUUCCCUCUCUGUUCCCCCUCUGUUCCCCCUCUGUGCCCCCUCUGUGCCCCCUCUGUUCCCCCCUCUGUUCCCCCCUCUGUGCCCCCCUCUGUGCCCCCCUCUGUGCCCCCUCUGUUCCCCCUCUGUGCCCCCCUCUGUGCCCCCUCUGUGCCCCCUCUGUUCCCCCCUCUGUUCCCCCUCUGUGCCCCCUCUGUGCCCCCUCUGUGCCCCCUCUGUGCCCCCUCUCUGUUCCCCCAGGCCUCCAUGCAAGGCUGCAGCGGGCAGGACAGCAAGGAGGUGAAGGCUGGACAGGAGGUGCAGGGGAAGCACGGUGGUCCCAGGUUGCUGUUGGUCCACGUCUCUGUCCUCUACACAGCAGCAGGGAAACACGUCUGA